AAUGCCAAACUUAUUUUUAACCUAUAUAAAAUAGAUCGAUUCACCUUGGUUAUUAUAUUUCAGUUUUUAAAUUAUUAAGUAAUUUUUAUUUUUAUAAAAUGUCAAUUGAAUAAAUCCAAAUUCAAAAAAUAAUAUUUCUAAACGCAUCGUAUACUAUUUCCGUCGCGUUAAGGGAUAUAGUACAAAAUUAUAUGACAGGACCACAGAAUGACGUCCCAUUCGACUUUUGUACUAGUGUCUCGCUUUCUCUCGCGUACGAGUAAAGCAACUACCGCGACAGAAAAUGUGAAGUAGUACAUUUUUAAAUGUUGAGCCGCUCUUACAUUGUGACGUCAUGUACGGGACAAAUGUCCUGCCUCUUGUAUGUCCUACUCAACGCUACUCGAAUUGAAUCUUUGAAAACUUCGGAAACUCGGAAACUUUUGUGAUAAUUUACCUUUUAGAAUUUUUACUGAAAUUUUAUUUAUUUUGUCAAUAUUCAACGUACAGAGUUAAAUAGUUUAUUCUGUGAUUGUCGACGGACUGCCUAAUAAUGCAUUAUAUUCAGAGAUAUUUGGAUAAACUGCAAAUUUCCAAGAUGAAUAACAUUCCUAUCAGUAACGGAUAUAAUAAAACAAACAUUUUUCUGUAUUGCAAUUAUUACAGUUUCUAUUCUCAAAAGGUUCUAAUGGCACUUUAUGAGAAGAAUAUCGAAUUCGAACCAUUAGUUAUAGAUAUUACUAAGGGAGAACAAUAUUCUCCAUGGUUUCUUGAAAUAAAUCCUCGCGGAGAAAUUCCAGUUCUCAAAGUAAAUAAUUCGAUAAUACCAGAUUCUACAAGAAUUUUGGAUUAUUUGGAACUAUACUUAGAUCAAGAAACAACACCUUUGGUUGAAGUAUCACAAGACAAUAAAGUACUGUCAAAUAUAAAUAAGUUUAGAGAUCUAAUUGAGGCACUCCCAGCUGGGCUUAUAACUGUGGGAUCAUUCUUUCACCCUCACUUAGGUGGUACUCCCAAGUUGCCAUUUAUUCUGCCUGUCCGAGAAGUACUUAAAACUGGUGAUCUAAGCAGUUCUAAAAAUUUAAGAAAGUUGGCAGAAGAAAACCCUAAAGCCAGGGAUGUAUUGUUGUACAAGGCAGAAAUACAAGACAGAAAGCAUGAAAUACUCACAAGUGAGGAAGAAUAUCUGAAAGUGUUGAAUAUUGUCAAUGAAGUAUUGUCUCAUGUUGAAGAGCAACUCAAACAACAAAAUGAAGAUAAUUGGCUGUGCUGUGAGAAGUUUACCAUAGCUGACAUUAGUUUGGCUGUGCUCCUUCAACGGCUGUGGGAACUUGGGUUGGAAAAUAGGUUCUGGGCAGAAGGGAAACGCCCUUACAUCGAAAAUUACUUCCAUAGAGUGAAACAACGUGAAUCCUUUAAGAAAACCAUACCCAACCUACCUGUGCAUAUAAAGAUGAUAAUCACUUCACAGCCUCGCGAAUAUGUAGCCGCUGCAGGUUUAGUAUCUGUUGGGGUAGUUCUCGCCCUUGCAUAUGUUUUCAAAAAACUUAUUCGUUGAUUGUCGUAUUGCUUGAUAACCCUAAUUUAUUAAAUGUAACAUAGCCCAUAAAUUAUUAUUGUUGUGUAAAUAUUAGCUAUGGAUAUUCUCCUAUAUCGUUCAUCUGAACUUUGAUAAACUUUCUGGUGAGAGAGGAGGGUAAUGAAUAAAGAGGUUCUGGCUUUGACUCCUAGCACAGUUCAAUUAAGAAUUUUAUAUUUUCGUAAUUGGGUUAGGUCUGGUGUGUAAAACUGCAUUGUCUCAUAACAUGAAAUGAAAUCACAGUCAAGGGUUAAUUUUUCAUCAAAAAAUCACCAUUUUCUAGCUCAAAACUCAAAACAAAAAAUAAUGUGGGUAUGUAAAACUAUUUUCGACCGAAACUAUGUGAUAGUUAAAAUUUCAGCUUGCUGAAUUUGACAACUUUGAAAUAUUAAAAAGCAUUUAAAUUCUACAUAUCUAACAGUUAACUAAAUAAUGUAGGCAAGUGGGGUCAGAUAAGAAUAACUAUGCUUGUUUUGUUGAGUAUAGGGUUUUCUAAAGUUAGACUCUAGACCAUAUUUUUAAGUAUGACACAAAUCUUUGUUUCUAAUUAACUGUGUACACAAGGUUAUAAUUUACUAAUUUAAUGUCUUACCAAAAGGAGCUUGUUGCUUAUUAAGCUAUGGUUGUGUUGCAUUUCUAUUUAUCUUCAUUUAUACUUUUUCAUAAAUACAAUUCAGAACAUUGGAAUUAUUAAUGAGUUUACUGGUCUCAUUAAUGCAGUUGGUUACUUAUUCAAAUGAUUUACUUAUAUUGGUAGCCAUGAAUACGAACUAUCAAAGGGACUAUAGGGAUAUGUCGUCGGUAGCAUGAUAGACCUAUGCUUACUUAGUAAAUUUAUGCAAAAUUUUGUGAAUUUACUGGUCUCAUUAAUGCAAAUGGUUAGUUAUUCAAACAAUUUACUUAUAUUGGUCGCCAUGAAUAUGAACGAUUAUCAAAGGGACUUUAAGAAUAUGUCAUUGGUAGCAUGCUAGGCCUAUACUUAUUUAGUCAAUUUAUGCAAAUUUUGAAGUAGAAAAAGCAAAAUAGAAGAUGUCUCGAUUGUGAACUCCUCAUUUUCAAUAAGCCAAACAACUUCCAAAAUUUCAGUAUUAUAUCGCUAAACAGUAUUAUUUUAUUGUGUAUUUUAAUUUAAAAUAUUUUUUUUUAUCAGAGAUAUCAAUUGUUAUAGAUGAACUAUUGUAUAUAGAUGGUUUUGCUUUACUUUGGUAGUAAUUAGGUAUUUAGUCAACACACACAAAUUAUGUGUGUAAACUAAAGAAACAUCAGCAGAGUGAUACAGGGAAGGUGUGUAUCUAACAUUGAAACCCAUUAAUCAAGAAAUUGUUGCUUAAAAACCACUAAUACACGUGAUAAUUUUUUUAUUUGUAAUUAUGUUAUAUAUUAUUAAGAAAAUAUAUACUUAACAAAAAUUUAUACUUGCUGUCAUACUCAGACAAUUUAAAUAAUUUUGUUAAUGGAUUUAUAAAAAUAAUGCUAUUGCAUUGUAAAUAUUAACUAUGUAAAAAUAAUGUGGUUGUUGAGUACAUUUAUCUAAGAGUAUGCUAAAAAAAGAUGUGAUAAAGCCUUUAUGAUAGGUGUAAAAAUUCAACUCUUGAUUUAUCUUGUGUUAUCAUAAGAUACACUAGUAUCUGUACUUACUAAUGCAUCAUUUGUAUUCACAUGCAUUUAUGUAGACCAUGCCUGUAAGGUCACGGGCGUAGCCAGGAUUCUAUGUAUCUAUCUAUGGGCAGCUAUACGCCCAUGAAGGGUAGUCCUUGUGAUAUAAGGACUUUUUAAUAUACUGGAAACUCUUAAUUUUUUUGGAAUGGAACAUACUAUUGUAAACUAUGUUCAUAUCAAAUUUCAUUUCAUUCUGUUCUAGUCAAAGAUUUUAUACUAUAAGAUAUGUUACAUGCCCACAAAAUCACCACUAAAAGUGAGCCUAAUUUAGUAAUUUUUUUUUUGUUUAGUACACUGAGUGAACACAUGCACAAUUUUGUGAUUACUUACAUUAUAUAUUUAUGUAUACAGUUAGCCACUUUUAUUCGCCUUAGUUUCGAUGCGCUAGUGACAUACUUCAGUAUCUAAUAGUAUAAAAACUUUGAUGAGCGUAUGUUCUAAGGUAUAUACCGUUAAGGUAUAUAUAAUGAUAUUUCAGAACAUAUUGCUUUAAGCUAUACAGUACAAGAUUUUAGAUAUCAGUGGUAUCAUAGUGGCGCGGCGGCAGGGCAUCGCGUCUUGACUUAAUAUAUUUUUAUUAUUUCUGAGAUGUCAUAAAAUUUGUAUCUGACUAUAAUGUGUAGUUUAGUUAAAAUGGACACAUUCACUUACUCUAUUAAUUGACUGGGGUACAAGAAUUAGAAAAAUCACUUGCUAACUAAACUUUAAAAGACACAGACCUUAAGGUACCGAACCAUUCUUAUAAUACUUAUUUAAUUCCAAUAUGAUCCACAACUGUUUCACCAGUCAGGUAGAUUGUGAGAACCAAAAUAAGGAGCUUCAAAUAUACUUAGUGUAGGUAAUAGAAGAUUAAGUAAAUACAGUUAUAAUGUAUAUACAAACAUAUUAGCUUAUUUUUAUUUAAAAAAUAUUGUGUGUACUCCUUUAUUUUAAAAAAUUGUAUUAUAACUCAAAUCUAUUUAUGUUAUGGCAGGCCCAUUAUAGUUUAUAAUAUAUUUUAUUACUCUAAUAUGUUAUGGUCUUAUAAUAUUAUAUCUCAUUUACAAGA